AUGGCACUAAUCGUGAAGCAUUAUGAAGAUGACUUUAAAAAAAAAAUCCGUAAAAAUGGUGGCCCAAGAGCCGGGCGCAAGGAUGGGCGGCCUAGGCGAACCGCCGCCGUCCCUCUAAGCGAGGCGAAGCCCCGCGCGGCCAAAAGAGACCGGCGGGGAAGCCCCGGCGCUUUGCCCGCUGCCCUCGCUUGGGUUUUUAGGAAGUCGAAGGCCAGCCGGCCGGCUCCUGCAUCCUCUUCAGCGGCGGCGGCGGCAGCGGCAGCAGCAGCAUCCUCACAAGCGUAUCGCCGCGCGGCCAGACGUGAGGUCCGCGGCGCCGGCAGUGCGGCGCCGUCCCUGCAUGGGGGGUCUGGGGUCGCCCGCCAUCCUUCCCGCCGGCCCCUGGAAGAGAAAGCGGCGGCGCCGCCAACCGCCUUCGGCUUCCCCAGGUGUGACGAGUCGGUCGGCGGGGUCCGCGAGCGGAGGAUGGCGCGGGGGGCACUGGUGCUCUGCAAAGGCCCGCACACGCGGUUGCCGGUGGGCGCCAGCGCCCUGGGCUUCCUGGUGCUUUACUGGCUCUACAUCUUCCCGGUCUACCGGCUGCCGGACGAGAAGGAGAUCGUGGCCGAGGUGCUCCGGCAGCAAGGCAGAGCUUGGCGGAGGAACCUCAGCGCCGCGGCCGAGUUCAGGAAACUUCUCAAAGAUUGUUGCGAUCCGAGCCAUCUCUUUGCAAUGACGAAACAGAAUUCGCCAGUGGGAAAGAGAGUCUGGUACGAUGGCGAACUUCUGUACUACUGGACAAUUGACAACGAAACCUUCUCACUGUUUCCAAAGGUGGUUCCAUUCCAGCUGCCAUUGAAGAGAUGCUCUGUAGUGGGCAAUGGUGGGAUUCUGAAAAACAGCCGCUGUGGCAAGCAGAUAGAUCAAGCGGACUUCGUCAUGAGAUGUAACCUCCCUCCACUAAGCAAUGCAUACAGCAAUGACGUAGGAUCAAAAACUCAACUGGUAACAGCGAAUCCCAGCAUAAUUAAUAAAAGGUUCCAGGAUCUUCUUUGGUCCCGAAAAGCCUUUGUGGACAUCGUCAAAGUCUACAACCAGAGCUACAUCUACAUGCCGGCUUUCUCCAUGAAAGGCGGGACCGAGCUUUCUUUCCGAGUGUACUACACCCUCACUGACAUCGAAGCCAAGCAGAAGGUGAUCUUCGCCAACCCUAACUUCCUACGGGACACCGGCAAGUUUUGGAAAAGCAAAGGGAUUCACGCUAAACGGCUUUCGACCGGCCUCUUCUUGGUCAGCGCAGCUCUUGGUCUUUGUGAAGAAGUGACGAUUUACGGCUUCUGGCCUUUUUCAGUGGACCUCCGUGGGCGGUACAUUAGCCAUCAUUACUACGACAACGUCUUCCCGGAUUCUAGCUUUCAUGCCAUGCCAGAGGAAUUCUUACAGCUGUGGUUUCUCUACAAGAAAGGGGUCUUACGAAUGCAGCUGGAGCAUUGUGAGGAGGCCUCUUGA